GGAAGUGUAGUUAGAAAGGCAGCCACGGUCUGCCCCUCCACGAGUGCGACCCCCGCCCUGGGCCGCCUCCGGGCGCGGGGGCGCCGGUGCUCCCCUGUGGCCCGAGGCCAGGAUUGGGCAGCUCGCUCACUUCCACCGCAGGCGCCCGCGGGGCUGAAAUCCCAUUUGCGUUGUGCUAAAACCUCAUUUCUGCUCCGGGAAACUAGGCAGCCACACUUACUCCUUCGGACGGAUUUAUAUUCCAAGAAUCCGUUUUCAUAGAACGGCUUUUCAGCAGUUUCAAGAUCCUGUCUCCUUAAGUAUGGCACGGGCUAAAGAGAGGUCAGUUUCCCCACUUCGCUCUAGUGACAGGGCUUCGGGCCUAUUAUUCCCACUGUACUUCCCCAUCCAGUACCCGUUCACCUUCUAGAUGCCCUCUGUUGCACUAGUGUAUCUUGCGAGCAGAAGUUUGGAAGAAGUGGACCGACGCGGGGAGAGAGCAGAAGGUUGGAGGAGAGGUAGGAGGGAAAUGAGGGAUCUUACUACAUCAAAAGCCAAGAGAACUUAGUGUUUCUGGGAGGAGACAGGACUUGACCAGCAGUAUCUGAAGCUGCAGAGAACUCAAGGAAAGUGGAAUUGCCAGCAUGUUUUUGGCCCAGAGGAGACUUUGCUCCCUUGGAAGUAGAGCAGAAUUCCUGAAGACAAUUUAUUCUUCAAAACUCCUUGGACUCCCUACUUCUGCUAAAAUGUCUUUGAAAAUUACCAAUGCAAAGCGAAUUGAAGGCCUUGAUGGUAAUGUAUGGAUUGAAUUUACCAAGUUGGCUGCAGACCCCUCUGUUGUGAAUCUUGGCCAAGGCUUCCCAGAUAUACCCCCUCCUAUAUACGUAAAGGAAAAAUUAUCAAAGAUUGCAGCAAUUGACAGCCUAAACCAGUAUACACGAAGCUUUGGUCAUCCAUCGCUUGUGAAAGCUCUAUCCUGCUUAUAUGAAAAAUUUUAUCAGAAGCAAAUCAAUCCAGAUAAUGAAAUCCUCGUGACAGUAGGAGCAUAUGGAUCUCUUUUUAAUGCCAUUCAAGGAUUAAUUGAUGAGGGAGAUGAAGUCAUAAUAAUGGUGCCUUUCUAUGACUGCUAUGAGCCCAUGGUGAGAAUGGUUGGAGCAACACCUAUUUUUAUUCCCCUGAGAUCUAAACCCGUCAAUGGGAAAAAAUGGUCUAGUUCUGACUGGACCUUGGAUCCUCAAGAACUGGCAAGUAAAUUUAACUCCAAAACCAAAGCUAUUAUACUGAAUACGCCACAUAAUCCCAUUGGCAAGGUAUAUACCAAAGAAGAACUCCAAGUAAUUGCUGACCUUUGCAUCAAAUAUGACACACUCUGCAUCAGUGAUGAGGUUUAUGAGUGGCUUGUAUAUACUGGAAAUAAGCACAUAAAAAUAGCUACUUUGCCAGGCAUGUGGGAGAGAACAAUAACAAUAGGAAGUGCCGGAAAAACUUUCAGUGUAACUGGCUGGAAGCUUGGCUGGUCCAUUGGUCCUAAUCAUUUGAUAAAACAUUUACAGACAGUUCAACAAAACACCAUUUAUACUUGUGCUACGCCUUUACAGGAAGCCUUGGCUCAAGCUUUUUGGAUUGACAUCAAGCGUAUGGAUGACCCAGAGUGUUACUUUAAUUCUUUGCCAAAAGAGUUAGAAGUAAAAAGAGAACGGAUGGUACAUUUACUUGAAAGUCUUGGCCUAAAACCCAUAGUCCCUGAUGGGGGAUACUUCAUCAUUGCUGAUGUGUCUUCACUAGAUGCAGACCUCUCUGAUAUGAAGGACAGCAAUGAACCUUAUGACUAUAAAUUUGUGAAAUGGAUGACUAAAAAUAAGAAACUGUCAGCCAUCCCAGUUUCUGCAUUCUGUAACGCAGAGACCAUAUUACAGUUUGAGAAGUUUGUGAGAUUUUGCUUCAUUAAAAAAGAUAGUACAUUGGAUGCUGCUGAAGAAAUCAUUAAGGCAUGGAAUAGACAGAAGUCUUGAUUUGUGCAGACUAUUUCUACAAGAUGACCUAAUAAGGAACUGUUACUUAGUGCUGCCAUCUGCUGGACAUUGAAAAACAAGUAUUUCAGUACAGAUGAAAUUUGGAGAGAAUUUUCCAAAAUGUUAACCCCACUGGUUUGUUUUGUUUUGUUUUGUUUUUUUCAGUUGAAAUGUAUGAAAACACCUUCCAUUACCAUUUUAUGAGAAGCAGUGUAGCAUUUUGGUUAAGAAUUGUGAGAAGCUGGUUGGUGCUUAACCUCUUAUUGCUUCAGUUUCCUCAUCAUAAAAGGGGAAUAAAAUAUAGCACCUACUUUAGGAUCCCUGGCUGGCUCAGUUGGUAGAGCAUGCAACUCUUGAUCUUGGAGUCAUGAGUUCAAGGCUCACAUUGGGCAUGGAGACUAUGCAAAAAGAAAAACAACAGCACCUACUUCAGAUGAAGUUUGUGAGCAUAAAAGAGAUUGAUAUCUGUAAAACUUCAGUAAACACUCAACUAAAGUUAGCUAGUUUCAUUACUUCACCCUGUAUAAAAACUCUUAGCCAGUUAUACUCCCUCAACUCCAUUUUCUUGCUUUGUCUACCCACAUGUAGUUCUCUCCCCUUCAUUUACCAAUGGGUUUGAAAUUUGCUCACAAUUUUGCUUCUCUGUCCCCGAUACUGCCAUCAUCUGGAGUAGCUUCAAGGUUUACGGAGACUGCCUAGGCCAUUAGCACUUUGACCUCCUCACCUUUAGUGAGCCACUUACCCUCUUGGGCACACCCUGAACCUUCAUCAUUUAAAGCUGUGCCAACUUUGAGAUAAUAAAUUAGUCAUCUCACACUGUAA